CACUGCGUGCUUGGAACUCAAUAACUAAAGAGGUCAAUUUUGACUCUUUUGAUCCUAGGAGGACAGACAAGGUACCAAGAGAUGAAAGAAAUUAUAAAAACAGUUCCUCAGAUUCUCGUAGUUUUAUACUACUGGAUAACAAGCAUUAUCCUAUAUUUUGUUCCAAAUCGUUUCAAGUACAAGGACAUUACUGGUGAAAUUGUACUUAUAACAGGAGCUGGAAGCGGCAUAGGCCGUCUUAUGUCAUUGAAUUUUGCCAAAAAAGGUGCAAUACUAGUUCUGUGGGAUGUAAAUCAGAAAGGAAACGAAGAAACUGCCCAACUCAUCAGAAAAGAAGGUGGCAAAGCUUACUGCUACAAAGUGGAUGUUACAGACAAAUCUGCUGUUUAUGAAACAGCCGCCAAAGUGAAAACAGAUGUCGGAAUUGUUUCGAUUUUAGUUAACAACGCUGGAAUAGUCGUCGGAAGAGGCAUUUUAGAUUUGGACGACAAGAUGGUUGAAAAAGUAUUCUGUGUCAACGUUCUGUCUCAUUUUUGGAUUAUCAAAUCGUUCCUGCCAGAUAUGAUCCGAAAUGACCACGGACAUCUCGUAACAAUAGCAAGCUUAGCUGGACUAGGCGGGCUGCCUCAAUUGACUGACUACUGUGCUUCCAAAUUCGCUGCUGUUGGUCUCUUGGAAUCUUUGUAUCUGGAACUGCGUGCUGAAGGCUAUAAGAACAUUCAUACCACCACCGUCUGCCCUUAUUUCAUUAACACAGGAAUGUUCAAUGGUGCACGGUCGAAGUUAUUUAACUUUCUUGAGCCAGAUUACGUGGCAGAACGUGUGAUAUCAGCUGUAUUGUGCAAUCAAGAAAUCAUUUUAAUGCCAAGAUUCUUUUAUGUGUUAAACAUUCUAAAAUCGAUGAUGCCUACUAAAUCAUUAUUAGCCCUUCAUGGUGCGUGUGGAGGAACUGAAGCUAUGAAUGAAUUCGAAGGGAGAAAUCCCAAACAGAAGUCUCAAUAGAAGGUUGACUUGAACAAUCAUUUGUACAAAGUUCUUCAUGAUGAUCAAAAAACACUUUACACUUACUUUAUAGAAAGUAACUACGGAUGCUAUGUAUUUUUAUAUUGAAAAAUACAUUAUAUUUUGCAGUAUCAA